AUGGGGCCAAAACAGGGGGCAGUGUGGCGGGCGUGUGCGAGCGAAGCCCGCGCGGGCACAGGGGAUGGCCGCGGGGCAAGGGCGGUCCCCGGCGGGGCGCAGGACGGCGGCGAGCCAGGUGGCUGCGGGCAUGGCCAGGUGCUGGGCGCGGCACCGCGGGGCAGAGGCCGAGCCCCGGGGGAGUCGGCCGCGGAGCGGCGGAGGCGAAGCAGAGGCGGCCGCGGCGGCUCGGUGAUGGAGGCGGGGCGGUUGGGGGCGACGGCGGCGGAGAACGCCGGCAGGCGAGCAGCGGUAGGCGGCGGGGGAGGCGCGGUGGCGCGGGGGGGGGGCACAAAAUGGCGCGGGCGCGCGCUCUAG